AUGGACACCACCCAGGAGAAGAAGCCCACCUCGGCGGUCGACGGCGGUCGCAUGAAGGAGAUGGCCGACGAUGUCAAGCAGAAGUUCCAGGCCUUCACGGCGAACCCCGGCCCUGCCAUCAAGCAGGACCUGAACGUCCCAGAGGAGGGCACCAAGGAGGAGCGUCGCGCCAAGGCCGCUGAGCUUAACAGCAAAUAA